AUGUUAAUGGCGAGGAGGACGCGACACAAUAGGAGUGCCCAGGUCCUGGGGCUGGAAAAGUUUCAUGGGGAGGACUACACCAUGUGGCGAGACACGGUGCUAACGCACAUAGAGACGCUGGAUGAGAAAUACCAGCGAGGGUUGCUGAGAAAGGACCAGCCUGAGGCUACGGCGAAGCGCAAGCGUUGGCCCCACCAACACUGGACUAGGGCUCGGUCCGAGCUGCUAAACUUAUUCAACCAAGCGUUGCCUAACGUUUUCUUGAGUGGGCUGCCGGAUCAAGUUACGGGCUCGGGAAUGCAGGAGGCGUAA